CCUCCAUCAUCUACAUCAUCCCCAUCAUCCCCAUCCCCUCCUCCAUCAUCCCCAUCACCUCCAUCAUCCCCGUCAUCCUCAUCGUCCUCAUCAUCCCCAUCUCCACCUCCAUCAUACUCAUCUCCAUCAUCCCCAUCACCUCCGUCUCCAUUGUCCCCACCAUCUCCAUCAUUCCCACCACCAUCAUCCCUAUCUCCAUUGUUUGCAUCAUCCCCAUUGUCACCUCCAUCCUCCUGCUCUCCGUCAUCUUGA